AGUGUGAAUUAUGGCACAGAAAUAGUUGUGAAACUCACAUUACACUACCCGGUGCUGCUUAACUACCUGUGCUUAACAUAUGGACAGUCGUGUUGUGUCCUUCAAUUAGUGGCCUGUUUUGAAGGCAAACAACACGUUUUACGCGCCAUUGACUCUAAUAACAUGUAUUAUAAGCCGAUCGCGCGGCUACUAAUCCUGUUAACACCUCUAUUCGUCACACCCGAUGCCUACAGUCACGGGGCGCCCACUAAAUCAUGUCAGACACUAUACCCGGGACACGGGGUGGACAAGCAAUAUGGACAGGCACCGUAUGAGAUCAGGGCCAGUUUGGGGGCCAAUGGCAUCGUGCUAGUUACAAUCGAGUCAAAGGGUUUGCCGUUUACCGGGUUCAUGUUGCAAGGUCGCCAGGCAACCGAUAGAGAGAGCCUGAUCAAUGGUAGAUUUAGCGAGGAUAAAAAUACACAGGCUAGAAACUGUAACAACGACAACCCGCUUAUUGUCAAAAAAUAA